AUGGAUCUCUCCUUUAAGCUGUAUGUAAAGAAUCCAUGUGAACACAACGGCGUGUGGAAUGAGGUUCGCUUUACCUGUAAAUGCACUGGUGGAUGGGUAGGCGACCGUUGUGAGCGCUACCCGCGAAACUGUAGGGAAAUGGCGUUGUACGGGUACGAAGACGGCUUUCAUGAACGCCUGGUGCUUCACCCAAAAACCUCACCGCAGCCGUUUACUGCUCACUGUAGCUACUACAGGGACAGGAAUGAAUAUUUCACCUACAUACUGUUCAAUACUGGCGAAUACGACAACACGAUGACCUGGUCAGACUACGUCAAUGGGUUCGAGCAUGACGACACAAACUAUUGGCUAGAAGUUUUUCUCAUAACUGCUGUCAACGUUAGCGGCAGUAUCCUGUUACCUUACUACUCCUUCACACAGUUUCGAAUCGGAUCUGAAGAGAUGGGAUAUAAUUUCACUGCGGUGGCCAGUGACAGAAAUACAGAGGGCGGGGUGUAUGGGGACUGUUUGACUCCUGUCCAAGGCGUCCCAUUUUCUACAGCUGACCACGACCGAGAUCUGAACACCACAGGGAAUUGUGCCAGGGAAGACAAGGCUGGAUGGUGGUUCAAAACCUGUGAUGUUGGGUGCAAUCCUUUAGGUCCGUCAUCUCACUGGAGAAUGACGCACUUUAACUUAGUCCGAAGCAUUUUGCAUACGUACAUGUAUUUUAGACAUGUCUAG